AAGAAUAAUCGAAACCUUGUAUACCUGAUGCUGAGCUCAGUAGUGACACAUAUGUCGGGAAAGGGUUCUCAGUCACUGUGUCUAUCACUCUGAAAUAAAUGACUUUGUGAGAGGCAGUAGCAAUAAAAAAGUCAACAAAAAGCUUAGCAUCUUCCACAACGGUACUGAGAACAAGUCAGACAACAUUAUUUUGCUGCUCUGUGAGACUUUGGUAGGUGUAGUCAUACCUUGAAUAGUGGUACAGCUCAGGUCUACACAUCAUGGCAGGACCUUAUAGCAUUAAGAAAAGUUAUCCCUACAUCUAAAUUGUCAAGGAAAUGAAGCAUCUGCCUUAAAAGAGACGGGAGCUCUCACUUCUCACAUGAUAAAGCUGAGUGAACUUUACAAAGCCAUGAAGGUGAUAAAUAAGCCAAAUAUUGAACUGUUACUCACCAGAGUCAGUAAAAUUAUUGGAAGAAUCUGUUGUUGAAACAAGUUGGAUAUGAGUUUAAAACUUAUAAAAGUUAAUUAUUCUGAUGCAACAGGUUGUGUAUUGCUGGAAUUUGAGACCAUGGGGGUUUGUGGAGAUAGACUAUAUGGCAGAGUCAAAAAGAUUUUAGACAGAUGUAUGAGCAAGGAUGCAUAAAUAAAUAACAAAAAGAAAAGAUGAGGAUAUGCUGUCUAAUGUUCCUGAUUUGAUGGCUGUGGAUACUUGGGGAGCACAAGAACUAGGAUAAAGUACCACAGAUAAGCCAGGCUUACACACAGCAUGUCAUUCUGGAGAAAAUAUUGGGAGAAAAAGGCCACUAGUCUAACUCAGUGGUGCAUAUUAUUAUGUUUUAAAAAAUACUAUCUAUUGGCUUCUCGUGUAAUGAACUUUUACCCUGUGUUUUCUGGCAUCCAUACCCAACUGCCAUUGACACAUGGUUGAAUGAAGUGGAACGAUACAGGAGUUCUCAGACUACCAGAAGUCAGCCACGGGAGUCUGUGGGAGUGUGAUUUUGUCCAUCCAUGCAGUCAUUCCCCGCGGGAACGAAGCCUGUUCACUCUAGUGCCUCUAAAGCGGCGGGGAAAAAGCAGAAAACCCGCCUCUCUGGAUUUGUGCUCCCGCCUGCCCAGCUCUUCCCAGUCACCGGCGCUCUACAGUUUCGUUUCCCGCUGCUCGUCCCGCUCGCGCCCGGCGAUGCUGCGGCACUGUGCCCCGGUCCCCCCGCGCCCGCCGCGCCUGCCGGUCCCCCCGGGCCCGCCGGUCCCACCGCCCCUGUCCCGUGUGCUGCCGCCCGCCGCCGCCGACGUCCGCAGCCGCCUGCGGGAGUGCGCAGCGCGGAUCCCCGAAGCGGGAGCGGUACUCGACCUGCUGGAGAAGUGUCCCGAGCACCAGGAAAAGGGAAGCUUUCCCGUCGUGGUUUUUGAGGGGCUGGAUGCCACAGGCAAGACCACCAUAACUCAGUCUGUUAAGGACACCCUGAAUGGCAUCCUGCUAAGGUCCCCACCAGACUGCAUCAACCAGUGGAGGACAAUAUUUGAUGAUGAGCCAGCACCCAUUAAAAGAGCAUUUUAUGCUGCGGGCAACUACAUUCUUGCUUCAGAAAUAGCAAAAGCAUCCACUCAGGCACCUGUGAUCAUAGACAGAUACUGGCACAGCACAGCUGCUUACACAAUUGCCACUGAGGUAAAUGGAAAUGUCCAGGAUCUUCCACCAGCUCAUGAUGAGGUGUACCAGUGGCCUGAGGAUCUGCUUAAACCUGAUCUUGUUCUUCUCCUGACUGUUGACCCUGAGGAACGAGUCCAGAGGCUUCAGCGUCGGGGGCUGGAGAAGACAAAGGAAGAAGCUGAGCUGGAAGCUAACAACUUGUUUCGACAACGAGUUGAAGAGUCAUACAGAAGGAUGGUGAAUCCUGCAUGCCAAGAGGUUGAUGCCAGCCCCUCCAAGGAAGAGGUCCUCAAGGCUGUGUUACAGUUAAUUAAGAAACACUGUGCUUUGUGAAAGGACUUUCAUGUAAUAGCACUGAAAAUAUACUGUCUAGUACACUUAAAGAUACUUUUUAUUGCCUUUCUCAUUUUGGUACCUGAAAAUACAUUGUGCUGUGUUUCUUUUAACAGAAGAUUUUUCUCUUUCUUCUGCCAAAUGUGAUCUGUGGAGAUUAUCUCUUUCACCAUUGCCUACUGUGCUUUUCUGUAUAAGGCAAAAUACUACUUAUAUGUUAUUCAUAAUUCUUAGUAAUGCUGCAAACAUGCUACUACAAUCAUGUGGGAAGUACCUCAGAGUACUCUCUUACACUGUGACAUUUCAAGACACUAUCAUGUUGCAUUUUUUUCACCUGGAGAACCUGCUUCGACAUCCAUUGUAUAUCAGAAUUCACUGAACUGUGGCAGGAGCAUUAGGUGUCCAAGGAGAGACUGAAAUCUCAUCCAGCAGUGAAACCGUAAGAUGAUUGUAACAUUUAGGAACAGACAAUCCAGUGGCCCAGUGUGGUUUACUGGAAUAGAGGAUGAGCAGCUGCUGCUGUGAGUGUCCUGGAAAAAUGUGUCCUAAGUAAGGGCCAGUAAGUUUCUAGGCCUCUAAGUAAUAAAGUCCAAGUCUGUCAACAUGUGCAACUGAAAUAUCAGUUAAUUUCAGAGGGAAAUAGGAGAAUGCUGGCAUAUUAGAAAGAGAAACCUAAGAAGACCUUAAAAUUAUACACAUUUUAUAAAUAAUUGCUAAACUAUUUUUCUACAACAUAUUUUCUCUAACCUAUUAAUAUUUGUUAAUGUAAGUUUGUGUUCGAGACAAUACAAAAUGAAAAACCACAGAGAACCUGA